UGAAUAGUUUAAUAUUUAAUGAAAGUUGUCUUGUUAAUGUUAAGAGAAUUACAAAGUAAUUAUCCAAUAUUAAUCAAUCAUCAUUGAAAUGUCUAUAAAUAAACAAUAUUCAAAUCUAUUUCAUCAAUAUAAUCAUCCAUAUUUGAUCUCUAUAAAAUUAAUUUCUAAAGAAAAUCACGUGAUCAGAAAGCAGCGGCUUUGACAACAAAAAAUAAAAUUGUUUGACGAUACCACAAAUAGAAUUCUAUACCUUACAACCACUACAUACAAACUACAAUUAUAGAUAGUUUAAUCAUCAUAUAUACUCAAUACAAUGGGUGCUUGCUUAUCAUGUCUAAUUGGAAACAACAAUGAUGAUGAAUUUAAUGAAAACACUUCCCUAUUAAGAAACAAUAAUGCUCUUUAUUCCAAUGAUUAUUUACAACAAGAAGAACAAUUAAAACAACAACAGAGACAACAUGAGUUAAACUCUAUAGUGAGUGAUUUAAAUGAAAACUUGAUUGAUGUUACUUCCUUCUUAAACACAAACACCACUACUACCAAUACCACUAUUCAUAAUCUUUCCAAUUCUCAUAUUUUAACUCAUCUGAACAAUAAUCUUAAUAGUUCAAUCAUAUCUACAAAUCAAGAUAAUGGUUUGAUUAAUAAUGAAACUAUCUUAUCAUCUUCUACUACAAAUGCCACUUUGCCGUAUGUUUAUAAUACAAAUGAAAAGUUAAAAGUGUUGCAACAAUUAAAUGAUAUUGAUAAUAGUUUGAAACAGAAUUGUAAGGUGAUAUUAAAGGAGCCAUUAUACUUGAAUUUCUAAGUUGGGUCAUAAGUUAUUAAUAUUACAUCAUUCUAAUAGUUUGACAUAUCCAUAACGUUGCAUUUUCAAUCAAAUUCAUUGCUCCAAUCUCAUCCUUUCUUUCAAUUCUUAACAACUCAUUUUAAAGUCGGUUUUCUUCAAAAUCAACUACUUACCAUACUUAACUAAUAUUCAUUUCUAUAUUCUAAUUCCAUUUGCAUCCUUUUUAUAUAUGUAUUAAAAUUCAUUAUAUAUA